AUGGGAAAGCCAUCGUGUUUGCGAGAGUCGUUACGCCAGGCCCUGCGUCGACGAGAGGCCAAAUCGUCGCGACGACGCCUGACCGUGCUCCCUCCGUCGUCGGUGGACUUUUCGUCGAACGACUUCCUCUCGCUAUCGACCUCGCCGGCAUAUCGAGCCCGGUUUCUCGAGCAUCUGCACGAUGCGCCGCCAUUGCACCCCUUCGCCAGCGGCGGGUCCCGCCUGCUGGACGGCAAUUCCGCCUACGCCGAGGAUCUAGAGGCGUUCAUUGCGGCCUUCCACCACGCGCCCAGCGGGCUGCUCUUUAAUUCCGGCUUCGACGCCAACGUCGGCGUGCUGUCCUGCCUGCCGCAGCCGGGUGAUGUCAUCGUCCACGACGAGCUGGUCCACGCGAGCGCCCGCGAAGGCAUGCGGCUGUCGCGCGCGGGCACGCAAAUCGCCUUCUCGCACAGCUGUCCCGCCAGCCUGGCGGACGUGCUUCAGUCCCAGGUGGAGACGGACCCGGCGGUGCGCGAUGGCUCGCGCAAUGUGUUCGUGGUCGUCGAGUCGCUGUACAGCAUGGACGGGGACGUGGCGCCGCUGCGGGAAUUCGUGGACGUCGUAGACCGGGUUCUUCCGCGGGGCAACGGGUAUUUCAUCGUCGACGAGGCCCAUGCGACGGGGUCGUUUGGGCCUCGGGGCGCGGGGGUGGUGCAGGAGCUGGGGCUCGAAGAGCGGAUGUUCAUCCGCGUGCAUACGUUUGGCAAGGCGCUCGCGAGCCAUGGAGCGAUUGUGCUCUGCUGUCCGGAUACGCGCGACUAUCUGAUCAACUAUGCCCGCAGUCUAAUAUAUACGACGGCCCUGGGGUUCCCGUUCCUUGCCUCCAUCCGCACGGCGUAUGAGAUGUUGUCUGCGGGCGAGACGCAGCCGUUGCAAGAGAAACUCCAGGAGAACAUUUCGUAUCUGCGCAAACGCUUGGACGAGCUGGACACGCCGGACUCUGCCCUGUUCGAGGUCGACCAUUUCCCCCAUUCCCCGAUAUUCUCGCUGCGCAGUCCGAUGCCGCGCCAGCUGGCAGGGAUCUGCCAGCAGGAUGGGUUUAUCGUGCGUGCCAUCAUGGCCCCGACGGUUCCUGCGGGCAAGGAACGCGUGCGUGUAUGCUUGCAUGCAGGGAACACGGCGGAGGAAAUUGAUGGGCUCGUCGCGACGAUCCAGCGAUGGUUGAAUGGGGUGACGGAGAAGAGGAGUGCUCGGCUUUGA